AUGGCUGCCAUUUACGAUGACAACUAUCCCAUGGCGCAGUCUGACUACUAUGCACCGGGUGAAGAAAUGAUGGAGGGAAUGGCCAUGCAGGAUGAGGAUAUCACUCAAGAAGAUUGUUGGACCGUGAUCAGCUCGUUUUUCGAAGAAAAGGGUCUGGUGCGUCAGCAGCUCGACUCGUUUGAUGAAUUCGUUCAAAAUACCAUGCAAGAGCUUGUGGACGAGAAUCCUACACUAGUGUUACAGCAUGUUGGUGGUGAUGGCGAUGUCACUAAACGUUACAUUAUUGAUUUCGGCCAAAUCUACCUGUCAAAACCUACAAUGACUGAAGCCGAUGGUAGCACAGCACCCAUGUUUCCACACGAAGCUCGUAUUCGCAAUUUAACAUAUGCAUCACCAUUGUAUGUGGAUAUGAGCAAACGGACACAGGUAGCUGUACCACAGGACCCUGACAAUCCGAUCAAGAACAUCAAUGAGCAAUUUGUGGAUGAGAGUGGAGGAGAAGCAGCACCCGUCAAGAACAAGGUGUUUAUCGGCAAAGUCCCCAUCAUGUUACGAUCGUCUUAUUGUAUCUUACACGACAUGCCGGAGACACAAGUGCACGAAUUGGGUGAAUGUUCGUUUGAUAUGGGUGGCUACUUUGUUAUCAAUGGAUCCGAAAAGGUGUUGAUUGCUCAAGAGCGUAUGGCCACCAAUACCGUCUAUGUCUUUGCCAAAGCGCCUCCCUCCAAUGUCCAAUACACAGCUGAAAUCCGCUCUGCACCUGAACGUGGUUCCAAGCAGGCUUCUCCUCUUUAUAUCAAAAUGUUACGAUCGACAGCUGAACGUGGAUCCAGUGGUCAAUCCAUUCGUGCUACCUUACCCUAUAUUCGUUCUGAUAUUCCUAUUGUGGUGGUGUUCCGUGCCUUGGGCCAAGUCUCCGAUCGCGACGUCUUGUCCCAUAUUUGCUAUGACCAGAACGACUAUGAGAUGUUGGAGAUGUUGAAGCCAUCGAUUGAGGAAGCAUUCGUGAUUCAGGACCAGGAUAUUGCAUUGGAUUACAUUGGCAAGCGUGGUUCGACGGUGGGUGCUACACGUGAGAAGCGUAUCAAGUAUGCGACCGAGAUUUUACAAAAAGAGUUGCUUCCUCACGUCGGCACAGAGUAUCGCAAUGAGACGCGCAAGGCCUACUUUUUUGGUUACAUGAUCCAUCGUUUGUUAUUGGCAGCUUUGGAACGAAGAGAAUUGGAUGAUCGUGAUCACUAUGGCAAGAAGCGUAUGGAUUUGGCAGGUCCCUUGAUGGCGGGUCUUUUCCGAUUGCUCUUCCGAAAAUUGACCAAGGAUGUCUCAAAGUACUUGCAAAAGUGUAUCGAAUCAGGACGUGAAUUCAACUUGACACUGGCUGUCAAGAGCAAUACCAUCACCAAUGGUCUCAAAUACUCUUUGGCUACGGGUAACUGGGGUGAUCAGAAAAAGGCCAUGCAAAGUCGUGCGGGUGUGUCCCAAGUGCUCAACCGAUACACAUUCGCUUCCACCUUGUCCCAUUUGCGUCGUUGUAAUACACCCAUUGGUCGUGAUGGCAAGCUUGCCAAGCCGCGUCAAUUGCAUAAUACGCACUGGGGUCUCGUAUGUCCUGCUGAAACUCCCGAAGGUCAAGCAUGUGGUCUUGUCAAGAACCUUGCUCUCAUGUCUUACAUCUCUGUCGGUUCAGCAGCCAAUCCUUUGUUGGAGUUUUUGGAAGAAUGGGGUAUGGAGAACUUGAUGGAGUUGGCACCUACCAGUAUCCCAUCCGCCACCAAGAUCUUUGUCAAUGGUGUUUGGGUGGGUGUGCAUCGUGAUCCUGGAGAGCUUAUCUACUCGUUGCGUCAAAUGCGUCGUUCGGUGGAUAUUUCACCUGAAGUCUCAAUUGUGCGUGAUAUUCGUGAGAAGGAAUUGAGGAUCUAUACCGAUGCAGGCCGUUGUUGUCGUCCCUUGUUCUUGGUGGAUGAGACUCAGCGCCUUGUUUUGAACAAGCAACAUGUGGAUAGAUUGCAAAAUCCUGAAGAUGGUUAUGGAUGGCAGAAUCUUAUUCAAGAUGGUAUCAUUGAAUACCUCGAUGCUGCUGAAGAGGAAACGGCCAUGAUUUGUAUGACACCCGAAGAUUUGGCAGAGUCACGUGAAACAAUGGAAUUUGGUGCACCUUUGCAACCUGAACGUGAUCUUGCAGCUCGUGUGAAGAGUCAACGUGGUGGCUAUUCUCAUACGUGGACCCAUUGUGAAAUUCAUCCUAGUAUGAUCUUGGGUAUUUGUGCCAGUAUUAUUCCUUUCCCUGAUCACAACCAGUCACCUCGUAACACGUAUCAAUCUGCUAUGGGUAAACAAGCUAUGGGCGUCUACUUGACAUCGUACCAGAUUCGUAUGGAUACGUUGGCCAACAUCUUGUAUUAUCCUCAAAAGCCAUUGACGACAACACGAUCUAUGGAGUACCUUCGUUUCCGUGAGCUCCCUGCUGGUCAAAAUGCGAUUGUGGCUAUUCUUUGUUACUCUGGUUACAACCAAGAAGAUUCGGUGAUUAUGAAUCAGAGUGCUAUUGAUCGUGGUCUUUUCCGUUCCUUGUUCUAUCGUACCUACAUGGAUGCAGAAAAGAAGACGGGUAUCAUGUUUAUGGAGGAAUUUGAAAAGCCAACACGUGAAUCGACCACACGUCUCAAGCAUGGCACGUAUGAGAAAUUGGAUGAUGAUGGUUUGAUUGCACCUGGCACGCGUGUCUCUGGUGAUGAUAUUAUUAUCGGCAAAACAGCACCCAUCCCACAAGAUUCGGAGGAAUUGGGUCAACGUCUUGAAUCGCAUACCAAGCGUGAUACAUCCACACCUUUACGCUCCACUGAAACGGGUAUUGUGGAUCAAGUCAUGUUGACGACCAACCAGGAUGGUCUCAAGUUUGUCAAGGUGCGCGUACGAUCCACUCGUGUUCCUCAAAUUGGUGACAAGUUUGCUUCGCGUCACGGUCAAAAGGGUACCAUUGGUAUGACGUAUCGUCAAGAAGACUUCCCCUUCACCGCAGAGGGUAUCACGCCCGAUUUGAUUAUCAAUCCACACGCUAUUCCUUCUCGUAUGACCAUUGGUCACUUGAUUGAAUGUUUAUUGGGCAAGGUGUCUACCCUGACAGGCAAUGAAGGUGAUGCCACACCAUUCACUGAGGUCACCGUUGAGGCGAUUUCUCAAGCUUUGGCAGAGCAAGGAUUCCAGCAGCGUGGUUUCGAAGUCAUGUACAAUGGAUUUACGGGUCGCAAGUUGAUGGCUCAAGUGUUUAUGGGUCCCACUUAUUACCAACGUCUUAAGCACAUGGUGGAUGACAAGAUCCAUAGUCGUGCACGUGGUCCUGUUCAGAUUCUUACGCGUCAACCUGUGGAAGGUCGUUCACGUGAUGGUGGUUUGCGUUUCGGUGAAAUGGAGCGUGAUUGUAUGAUUAGUCAUGGUGUGGCUCAAUUCUUAAAGGAACGAUUAUACGAUGCAUCGGAUGCAUACCGUGUCCAUGUGUGUGAUAUUUGUGGUUUGAUGGCUAUUGCCAACCUCAAGCGUAAUCAUUUCGAAUGUCAAGCUUGCAAGAACAAGACACGUGUGUCCGCUAUCCACAUUCCCUAUGCAUGCAAACUUCUUUUCCAGGAACUCAUGGCUAUGAACAUUGCCCCACGCAUGUUUGUCGACGCAUAA